AUGACUUUUCUUUCAAAAUUAUCACCGAUUAUACGUGCAAAUAAAGCUAUUGACUUAUUACCGACGACGGCAGGGCUUUCUAUAUUUAGAUCUGUUAGAUAUUAUUCUGCUGAAAAAGGGUUAUCUAAAAGUCAAGACAGAGCCGAUGUUUCGACAGAUGUUAAGCCAAUUGGUGAAAAAAUCAAAGAGACAACCAAGACAGUUUCAUAUACUGGUGUUAUUUUGGCUGGUGUUGGAGUAACCAGUAUCUUAUUUUAUUACAUAUUUCGGGAAUUAUUUUCAAGUAAUAGUCCUAACAGCAUAUAUUCAGUUGCACUCGAAAAAUGCAAGAAUGAUCCUCGUGUAGAAGAUGCUCUUGGUACUCCUAUCAAGGGUUAUGGUGAGGAAACUUCAAGAAGACGAAGAACACAUGUUAGCCAUGCUGUCUACGAGAAAGAUGGCAUAAAACAUAUGAGGAUGAGGUUUUAUGUCAAAGGGGCUAGAAACAAGGGCAUAGUUGAGCUAGACAUGAAACAGAAUGAAUAUGGAAAUUAUGAAUGCAGGUACUUAUUAGUACAACUUGAUGAUUACAGUGGAAAAACCUUUGUUAUUGAAGAUAAUCGGGCUGCAUUAGAUCAUGCAAAGUCAGAAUUUGGUAGUAAUUUACCUACAUUAAGUCUCACA